AUGAAAAAUACAAAUGCAGCUAGUAAAGCCUCUAUAUCAGAUAGCGAGGUCUGCAAAUCAAAACAACAAUAUGAUUUAAAAUUGGAUUUUCAAUCUAAGCUAGCAUCUGGUUAUGUUGAAAUAGAAGAUGAUGUGACGUCUUUUGAUAGUCAGAGACUCAAGGAGCCAGAAGUUCAUGGUGAACCUUGUACUGUUGGAAAUAUUGGUUCUAUAGCCACAGAUAAUGAAGGUGGAUAUGAACCACAAUUACAUGGAUCUAGAGCAUUAUGCAAUGGCUAUUCUAAGAAAUUAGAAAGUACCAGCACUUACAGUUUGCUUCAGGAAUGA